UGACGGCCUGCCUGCCUGACCCUGACCCAACCGGUGGCCUCGGAUCCGGAGAUUCUGCAGACACACAUGAGUGCCUGCCACUGCCAGUGCCACCCACAACCUCUCUUCUCCUCCCUCAAGACUCAAGUACUACCUUGCAAGGUCAGCAGCUCCAGUUUAAAGCCUAAACCUGAACCUGAACCCGGCUUCUGCUUGCUGCCACCUAAUCGGCAUAUAACAAUUUGCAUUGCAUCCAGGUGUGGCCUAUGGCCCUGGCAAUGGCAUGCCUCAGCCUCUGCCUCUUCUUCUCCCUCUACUAAACCUGUUGUCAGUGAGGCUUGGCUUAAACCUCGCCACCAAUCCACCUACUCCGGGCUUUGCAAAGUUGCAGAGCCACUUUCUUGCGCUGCUGCUUCCGGCACAAGCAACGACACAGAUUUGCAAGUGACACCAGCUUCAGCUGAUCCUACAGCAUCACCUCACCCUCACCUCAUCCCCUUCCUCGGGUUCGUCGUAGUUUGGUCGCCUGGAUGGAUAUGCUUCGGGAGUGAAAGUGCAGCUCUCAAGUACAGGUCAAGUGUAGCGCUUUCUGACUGGCGACUUGGCAGCUGCAGAGGGGGAUUGCCUCCUGGUGUGAUGAUGAGCAGCAGGAGUCGAACUCGAAGCAGGUGGCGGGGCGCGUGCGCGGCGCCGCCGCCGCCGCUGUUGCUGCUGCUGCUGCUGCGGUGCGCGCUCGUCAUGGCGUGCAUGGGCGGCGCGCUGGCCGUGGACGCGCAGGGCGCGGCGCUGCUGGCGUGGAAGCGCACGCUGCGCGGAGGCGCGGAGGCGCUCGGGGACUGGAGGGACACCGACGCGUCGCCGUGCCGGUGGACGGGGGUGUCCUGCAACGCGGCGGGCCGGGUCACGGAGCUCAGCCUGCAGUUCGUCGACCUGCACGGCGGCGUUCCCGCCGACCUGCCGUCCUCCGCCGUGGGCGCCACGCUGGCGCGCCUCGUGCUCACGGGCACCAACCUCACGGGCCCCAUCCCGCCGCAGCUCGGGGACCUGCCGGCGCUGGCGCACCUCGACCUCAGCAACAAUGCGCUCACGGGGUCCAUCCCGGCCGCCCUGUGCCGGCCCGGAAGCAGGCUCGAGAGCCUCUACCUCAACUCCAACCGCCUCGAGGGCGCCAUCCCGGACGCCAUCGGCAACCUCACGGCGCUGCGGGAGCUCAUCAUCUACGACAACCAGCUCGAGGGAGCCAUCCCGGCGUCUAUCGGCCAGAUGGCCAGCCUCGAGGUGGUCCGCGCCGGCGGCAACAAGAACCUCCAGGGCGCGCUGCCGCCGGAGAUCGGAAACUGCUCCAACCUCACCAUGCUCGGCCUCGCUGAGACAAGCAUCUCCGGCCCGCUCCCGGCGACACUCGGCCAGCUCAAGAGCCUCGACACCAUCGCCAUCUACACGGCGAUGCUCUCCGGGCCGAUACCUCCCGAGCUCGGCCAAUGCAGCAGCUUGGUCAACAUCUACCUGUACGAGAACGCGCUCUCCGGGUCCAUCCCGCCGCAGCUCGGCAAGCUCAGCAACCUCAAGAACCUGCUGCUGUGGCAGAACAACCUCGUCGGCGUCAUACCGCCGGAGCUCGGGGCGUGCUCGGGGCUCACCGUCCUGGACCUGUCCAUGAACGGCCUCACCGGACACAUCCCGUCGUCGCUCGGGAACCUGACGUCGCUGCAGGAGCUUCAGCUCAGCGUGAACAAGGUGUCCGGCCCGAUCCCCGCCGAGCUCGCGCGCUGCACCAACCUCACCGACCUCGAGCUCGACAACAACCAGAUAUCCGGUGCCAUCCCCGCUGAGAUCGGCAAGCUCACGGCGCUGCGCAUGCUCUACCUCUGGGCUAACCAGCUCACGGGGAGCAUCCCGCCGGAGAUCGGCGGCUGCGCGAGCCUCGAGUCGCUCGACCUGUCGCAGAACGCGCUCACCGGGCCCAUCCCGCGCUCCCUCUUCCGCCUGCCGCGGCUCUCCAAGCUGCUGCUCAUCGACAACACCCUCUCAGGCGAGAUACCACCGGAGAUUGGCAACUGCACGUCGCUCGUCCGGUUCCGUGCGAGCGGCAACCAUCUCGCCGGCGUGAUUCCUCCCGAGGUUGGUAAGCUUGGCAGCCUCAGCUUCUUUGACCUGAGCUCGAACAGGUUGUCAGGCGCCAUCCCGGCGGAGAUCGCCGGGUGCCGGAACCUCACGUUCGUCGACCUCCACGGCAAUGCCAUCGCCGGCGUUCUGCCUCCGGGGCUGUUCCACGACAUGCUUUCGCUGCAGUACCUGGACCUGUCGUACAACUCCAUCGGCGGCGCGAUCCCGUCGGACAUCGGCAAGCUCGGUUCGCUCACCAAGCUCGUCCUUGGCGGGAACAGGCUCACGGGCCAGAUACCUCCAGAGAUCGGUUCGUGUUCACGGCUCCAGCUCCUGGACCUCGGUGGCAACACGCUGUCCGGCGCGAUACCGGCGAGCAUCGGCAAGAUUCCGGGGCUGGAGAUUGCUCUCAACCUGAGCUGCAACGGCUUGUCUGGCGCGAUACCCAAGGAGUUCGGUGGCCUCGUGCGGCUUGGCGUGCUCGACGUGUCGCACAACCAGCUCUCCGGUGAUCUCCAGCCGCUGUCGGCGCUCCAGAACCUCGUGGCCCUCAACAUCUCCUUCAACGACUUCACCGGCCGCGCGCCCGCGACGGCGUUCUUCGCGAAGCUGCCGACGAGCGACGUGGAGGGCAACCCAGGUCUGUGCCUGUCGCGGUGCCCCGGCGACGCCAGCGAGCGCGAGCGCGCGGCGCGGCGCGCCGCCCGCGUCGCCACCGCGGUCCUGGUGUCCGCGCUCGCCGCCCUCCUCGCCGCCGCGGCGUUCCUCCUCGUCGGCCGCCGCAGGCGCUCGUCGUCGUUGUUCGGCGGCGCGCGCUCCGACGAGGACGGCAAGGACGCCGAGAUGCUGCCGCCGUGGGACGUGACGCUGUACCAGAAGCUGGAGAUCAGCGUGGGCGACGUGGCGCGCAGCCUGACGCCCGCGAACGUCAUCGGGCAGGGCUGGUCCGGGUCGGUGUACCGCGCCAGCGUGCCGUCCACGGGCGCGGCCAUCGCCGUGAAGAGGUUCCGGUCGUGCGACGAGGCGUCGGCCGAGGCGUUCGCGUGCGAGGUCGGCGUGCUGCCCCGGGUGCGCCACCGCAACAUCGUGCGGCUCCUCGGCUGGGCCGCCAACCGCCGGACGCGCCUCCUCUUCUACGACUACCUCCCGAACGGCACACUCGGCGGCCUGCUGCACAGCGGCUGCGGCGGCGGCGGCUCGACCGGCGGCGCCGUGGUGGUGGAGUGGGAGGUGCGGCUCUCGAUCGCCGUCGGCGUGGCCGAGGGCCUCGCGUACCUCCACCACGACUGCGUGCCGGCGAUCCUCCACCGCGACGUCAAGGCCGACAACAUCCUCCUCGGAGAGCGGUACGAGGCGUGCCUCGCCGACUUCGGCCUCGCCAGGGUCGCCGAGGACGGCGCCAACUCGUCGCCCCCGCCGUUCGCCGGGUCGUACGGGUACAUCGCUCCCGAGUACGGGUGCAUGACCAAGAUCACGACGAAGAGCGACGUGUACAGCUUCGGUGUGGUGCUGCUGGAGGCCAUCACGGGGCGGCGGCCGGUGGAGGCGGCGUUCGGGGAGGGGCGGAGCGUGGUGCAGUGGGUGCGGGAGCACCUCCACCAGAAGCGCGACCCCGCGGAGGUGAUCGACCAGCGGCUGCAGGGGCGGCCGGACACGCAGGUGCAGGAGAUGCUGCAGGCGCUCGGGAUCGCGCUGCUCUGCGCCAGCGCGCGGCCCGAGGACCGGCCGACCAUGAAGGACGUGGCGGCGCUGCUGCGCGGCCUCCGGAACGACAACGACGGCGGCGCCGAGGCGCGCAAGGUCAGCGGCGGCGGCGGCGGCGGGGCGAGGCCGCUGGACUCGGCUAGGUGGGCCGCUGCGGCCUCCUCGCCGGCCCAAGCCCAGUCGCAGUCCACGUCCAGCUCGUUGGCGUACUCAGUGUAAUAGCGUCGCCGUCCUAACUCAGAAGAGGAUCCGCCCAUGGUGGCGCCAUCCAUUAGCAAAGCUUGGCUCUGACAUGGUAACAUAACAUUGACUGGACGUCGUCGAGCCUAUGAACCGUCGGCGUGUAGACGCACCGCCGCUAGCCGGCCGCCAAGGCGGGCUAGAAGGAGCGGUGGACGCUCAUCGCAACCACCGCCACCAAGUAUGAUCAUGUCGACCGGAUGAGGCGGAGGCAGGGUGGGGAAGAAGACGAAGGCGCCACCAUGAAUCAAUCAAUGGAUGGAUUGAAGCAAGCAAUAAUUCCUUUUGUACCAUACUACGCAUAGCUGUAGAACAGUGUAUCUUGCACCGAAGUUAAUUGAGUUACCCAAUGAUCAUGAUUUUGUCCGGAAUCA